UUUACUUGGGAUCUUAUGCAAAUAACUGAGCACCGAAAAACUUUGAACCGGGUGAGGAUACAGAACUGUGACAUUUAUAACGUAUUUGUUGAAAGGUUUUACUUUAUACGUCUGAUUGUGUUGUUUGAAUACUUGAAGGAGCGGUUAGAGCUGUGGUUAUAAGGAGCUGUGGUGACACCAACAUCACUUUGUGUGAAAGCUGGAAUGAUGGAAUUAUACAGCACUGAUCACAGUAGGUUGGACGAAUUCAUUAAAAAUAACCUGGAGCCGAAUGAAUUUAAUACCACUGUGAAGAAUGCUGUGCACAGAAUCUGUGAGUUUUUAAGGAAUCGAUGUUUUCUCAAACAACCUGAGAUCAAAGUAAUCAGAGCUGUUAAAGGAGGGUCAUCAGGCAAAGGAACAGCUUUAAGAAACGGUUCAGAUGCGGAUCUGGUUGUCUUCCUCAGUUGUUUCCAGAGUUUCCAGGACCAGAGGAACACCAGGCUUGAAAUCCUUGAAGGAAUCCAGCAAAUGCUGGAAAAGUGUGAAUCAAGUAUUGCCUAUGAGAUCAGUGAUAUCAAUAUCAAUUUUAUACCGAACAGCAACAUCCCACCAAAAUCGAUGAGCUUUUCAAUAAAAUCAAGGAAGAAAAAUUCAGACAGAGUGGAUUUUGAUAUUUUGCCAACAUUCGAUGCAUUAAAGGGAACAGACAAUGCCAGUGAAGCCUACCUCAAGCUAAUCAAUUUAGUAAACGAAAAAAGAGCUCUAGAUGGGGAAUUUUCUUCCUGUUUUACUGAGCUUCAGAGAAAGUUUGUGAAGCAGUGUAAACCAAAACUUAAAGACUUGAUUCGCCUGCUGAAGUAUUGGUACAAGCAGCAUGUCAAGCCACGGAAAUCUGCUCUGAGAGAUGGUGAACGUCUUCCUGCUAAGUAUACAGUGGAGCUGCUGGCUAUCUAUGCCUGGGAGCAAGGCAAUGAGCAGGAGAGAUUCAGCACAGCUGAAGGGUUCCGGACAGUCCUUGAACUGAUCUGCAGAUAUCAGGAUCUGUGCAUCUACUGGACUCAGAACUACAACGUCAACAAUAGAGUCAUUGCAGACUUUCUGAUAAAGAAACUCUGUGGCAAAAGGCCAAUAAUUCUUGACCCAGCUGACCCAACUGGAAAUGUGGCUGUGUCUACUGGAUGGCAUGUCAUGGUGGAUGAGGCUAUGAAAUGUCUGAGAAUGCCAUGUGUCUCUCCAGUUUUAGCAUGGGACGUCCAGCCAAUAAAAGAGUUUGAAAUCACUGUGUUUACACUGGAUGGGAGCUCAUUAAGCCUGAAUGCCAAUAUUAACAACACAAUCUCAAUGAUCAAGAAAGAAAUCCAGCAAAAAUGGGACAUUCCAAUUUACCAGCAACGCCUGAGCUUUAAUGAAGCCAUUCUGGGCGACAACAAAUCCUUGUUGCAUUCCGGAAUAUUCUUUGAUGCAACUCUCCACCUGGUCAUCACAACGUCAAUGCAGAUAUUCGUCAGGACUGUAAAUGGGCGUGACCUGACACUUGAUGUAUCCCCAACUGACAAGGUUUUGAGCCUGAGAAAUAAGAUUGAAUCUUUGGAGCGCCUUUCAUCGAGCCAAUACUACCUGACCUAUGGAUCGAUACCGUUAGAAGACGGCAACACACUGGAAUCCUACGGCAUUGAGCAACAUUCCACCAUCAACAUCAACUUGCGUCUCCGUGGGGGCAAGGAGACAUUUCCAGCAUCUGCAGUAGUUGCUCUUGUGGAGAGGUGUGGAAAGUUUGUGAACAGUUUUCAAAAAUGUGAGGAAGAGGCAGCAUUGGGCCACUGCCUUCAAGAGAUGAUGAGAGAACUUGAAGAAAAGAAGGAUGAAGAAGCAAACAUAGGCUCCACAGAGACUGUCAACGGUCUACAAUUUAUGAUGAAAAGCAAUGACCCCAAAAUUCUGCAGGGGUUUUUCCAGUCUCCCAUGGGAGAUCUUUUUCCAUACCUGAAAAUCAGCACCAGUUUACCAGUGACAGUUCUUAACCGAUCAGAGAUUGGGAAGGUGAAGUGGAGAAAGGUGCUGGAGGCCAAUCAGGAUGAAGAUGCCAAGAACUGGUCUCUGAACGUCACCGCCUUGUUGCCCGCUAAUUGCUUUGAACAAACAAGAGCUGUGGUGACACCAACAUCACUUUGUGUGAAAGCUGGAAUAAUGGAAUUAUACAGCACUGAUCACAGGAGGUUGGACGAUUUCAUUAAAAAUAACCUGGAGCCGAGUGAAUUUAAUAUCAAUGUGAGGAAUGCUGUGCACAGAAUCUGUGAGUUUUUAAGGAAUCGAUGUUUUCUCAAACAACAUGAGAUCAAAGUAAUCAGAGCCGUUAAAGGAGGGUCAUCAGGCAAAGGAACAGCUUUAAGAAAAUGUUCAGAUGCGGAUCUGGUUGUCUUCCUCAGUUGUUUCCAGAGUUUCCAGGACCAGAGGAUCACCAGGCGUGAAAUCCUUGAAGGAAUCCAGCAAAUGUUGGAAAAGUGUGCUUUGAGCAUUGCCUAUGAGAUCAGUGAUAUCAGUAUCAAUUUUAUACCGAACAGCAACAUCCCACCAAAAUCGAUGAGCUUUUCAAUAAAAUCAAGGAAGAAAAAUUCAGACAGCGUGGAUUUUGAUAUUUUGCCAACAUUCGAUGCAUUAAAGGGAACAGACAAUGCCAGUGAAGCCCACCUCAAGCUAAUCAAUUUAGUAACCGAAAAUAGAGCUGAAGAUGGGGAAUUUUCUUCCUGUUUUACUGAGCUUCAGAGAAAGUUUGUGAAGCAGUGUAAACCAAAACUUAAAGACUUGAUUCGCCUGCUGAAGUAUUGGUACAAGCAGCAUGUCAAGCCACGGAAAUCUGCUCUGAGAGAUGGUGAACGUCUUCCUGCUAAGUAUACAGUGGAGCUGCUGGCUAUCUAUGCCUGGGAGCAAGGCAAUGGGCAGGAGAGAUUCAGCACAGCUGAAGGGUUCCGGACAGUCCUUGAACUGAUCUGCAGAUAUCAGGAUCUGUGCAUCUACUGGACUCAGAACUACAACGUCAACAAUAGAGUCAUUGCAGACUUUCUGAUAAAGAAACUCUGUGGCAAAAGGCCAAUAAUUCUUGACCCAGCUGACCCAACUGGAAAUGUGGCUGUGUCUACUGGAUGGUACGUCAUGGUGGAUGAGGCUAUGAAAUGUCUGAGCAAACCAUGUGUCUCUCAAGUUCGAGCAUGGGACGUCCAGCCAAUAAAAGAGUUUGAAAUCACUGUGUUUACACUGGAUGGGAGCUCAUUAAGCCUGAAUGCCAAUAUUAACAACACAAUCUCAAUGAUCAAGAAAGAAAUCCAGCAAAAAUGGGACAUUCCAGUUUACCAGCAACGCCUGAGCUUUAAUGAAGCCAUUCUGGGUGACAACAAAUCCUUGUUGCAUUCCGGAAUAUUCUUUGAUGCAACUCUCCACCUGGUCAUCACAACGUCAAUGCAGAUAUUCGUCAGGACUGUAAAUGGGCGUGACCUGACACUUGAUGUAUCCCCAACUGACAAGGUUUUGAGCCUGAGAAAUAAGAUUGAAUCUCUGGAGCGCCUUUCAUCGAGCCAAUACUACCUGACCUAUGGAUCGAUACCAUUAGAAGACGGCAACACACUGGAAUCCUACGGCAUUAAGCAACAUUCCACCAUCAACAUCAACUUGCGUCUCCGUGGGGGCAAGGAGACUCUGUACUGCUCCAGCUCCGGGGCCUUGGCUAGGAAGCAGCAGAAGUACAGGUUAAGGGUCUUGAGGUGGCUGAUGUUGGAGUCCAGGUGGUUACACAGCACCAAGGUGAUGGAGUUGCACUCAGCCACGCAACCAGCCUCAUGGUUGGCGAUGAAUUUGGGACUCAGUGAAUCUUUCCAUAUUACAUAUGUUCUUAUCUCGAGACUGAACUUCUUUAAUGUCCUUCCUGUAAAUGAGUUUUGGAAUUGCCACAUCAACUAUCUAAUGGUCUCUGUGAGUGAGAAGGUGGAUUCGUACCGAAUGAGAGACAAGUUUGGAGCUGUGGAUCAGGGACUGGAUCAUUAUUGGCCGAAAUCUUCAGUAGAAUCUUUAAGAGUGCUGUUGGAAAUAGGGCACAUUGCCUUUUUGUAUAUCAUCAUCUUGAGAGCCAAGGUUUGGAUGGAAGUGUCGACAUCAAGUUCAAUAUCUUCACCGGUCAAAAACUUCACCUGGAGUUUCAUCUUGUCAAAAUUGCUGUUAAGAGAUGAACAGGAUCUUCAGCAAUUCAUCAGUGGAAUCGAAGAGAAUAUGGGUGUAAAUGAAGAAAGUUGUUUGGCAGAUUCUGACUUGGGAGGGUCAUCAGGCAAAGGAACAGCUUUAAGAAAAUGUUCAGAUGCGGAUCUGGUUGUCUUCCUCAGUUGUUUCCAGAGUUUCCAGGACCAGAGGAACACCAGGCGUGAAAUCCUUGAAGGAAUCCAGCAAAUGCUGGAAAAGUGUGAAUCAAGUAUUGCCUAUGAGAUCAGUGACAUCAGUAUCAAUUUUAUACCGGACAGCAACAUCCCACCAAAAUCGAUGAGCUUUUCAAUAAAAUCAAAGAAGAAAAAUUUAGACAGCGUGGAUUUUGAUAUUUUGCCAAUUAAAGCUCUAGAUGGGGAAUUUUCUUCCUGUUUUACUGAGCUUCAGAGAAAGUUUGUGAAGCAGUUUAAACCAAAACUUAAAGACUUGAUUCGACUGCUGAAGUAUUGGUACAAGCAGCAUGUCAAGCCACGGAAAUCCGAUCUGAGAGAUGGUGAACGUCUUCAUGCUAAGUAUACAGUGGAGCUGCUGGUUAUCUAUGCCUGGGAGCAAGGCAAUGGGCAGGAGAGAUUCAGCACAGCUGAAGGGUUCCGGACAGUCCUUGAACUGAUCUGCAGAUAUCAGGAUCUGUGCAUCUACUGGACUCAGAACUACAAUGUCAAGAAUAGAGUCAUUGCAGACUUUCUAAUAAAGAAACUCCGUGGCAAGAGGCCAAUAAUUCUUGACCCAGCUGACCCAACUAGAAAUGUGGCUGCAUCUACUGGAUGGUAUGUCAUGGUGGAUGAAGCUAAGAAAUGUCUGAGCAAGCCAUGUGUCUCUCAAGUUCGAGCAUGGGAUGUCCAGCCAAUAAAAGAGUUUAAAAUCACAGUGCUUAGACUGUUUGGGAGCUCAACGAGCCUGAAUGUCAAUAUUGACAACAAAAUCUCAAUGAUCAAGAAACAAAUCCAGCAAAAAUGGAACAUUCCAGUUUACCAGCAACGCCUGAGCUUUAAUGAAGUCAUUCUGGACGACAACAAAUCCUUGUUGCAUUCCGGAAUAUUCUUUGAUGCAACUCUCCACCUGGUCAUCACAAUACAGAUAUUCGUCAGGACUGUAAAUGGGCGUGCCCUGACACUUGAUGUAUCCCCAACUGACAAGGUUAUGAGCCUGAGAAAUAAGAUUGAAUCUCUGGAGCGCCUUUCAUCGAGCCAAUACUACCUGACCUAUGGAUUGAUACCAUUAGAAGACGGCCACACACUGGAAUCCUACUGCAUUGAGCAACAUUCCACCAUCAACAUCAACUUGCGUCUCCGUGGGGGCAAGGAGACUCUGUACUGCUCCAGCUCAGGGGCCUUGGCUAGGAAGCAGCAGAAGUACAGGUUAAGGGUCUUGAGGUGGCUGAUGUUGGAGUCCAGGUGGUUACACAGCACCAGAGUGAUGGAGUUGCACUCAGCCAGGCCACCAGGCUCAUGCGUGAAAGGUGAGUUACUUGCGGCUUUUAUGUGUUCAGUUACCACUAACCUUGUGAAAAAUUUCCAGAUGAUGGAUCUGUAUGAGAUAGCUCCAAAAUGUUUGGAUGUACUUAUAUUUCAUCAUCUCCAACCCGACCAGAGGUUCCAGCAACAGGUGGGCGAGACUAUCGACACGAUCUGCAAAUUUUUAAAGGAAAAAUGUUUCUCUGGUCAUAGGUCUGUUAAAAUCAUUAAAACAGUGAAGGGCGGCUCUGCUGGGAAAGGAACAGCUCUGAAAGAUCGUUCGGAUGCAGAUCUGGUUGUCUUCAUCAGCCAGUUCAAAAGUUUCCAAGACCAGAAGCAAAACCGGGGUGAAAUCUUGACGGUAAUUCAACAGAUGCUGAAGGAAUUCCAGCAAUCUAUUGCAUUUGAGAUCAUCAUGACAGAGCCCAAAACCUCUCCAUCUGGCUUUUUUACUUCUCCUCGUUCCCUGAACUUCCACUUUAAAUCCAGAGAGGUGUCUGAUUCGAUAGAGGUUGAUGUUCUACCAGCAUUUGAUGCUUUAGGUCAGCAAACAAGGAACCGCCCAGAUAGCCAGGUGUAUGUUGACCUGAUUAAUGCCAAUGGGAUUGGAGGAGAAUUUUCAACAUGCUUCACUGAACUUCAGAGGAACUUUGUAAAGUGGCGUCCAGUUAAACUUAAAGGCCUUAUCCGUCUUGUGAAGCACUGGUAUAAAGUGUAUGUACGACCAUAUAAACAACAACUUAGACGUGGAGAGUUUCUCCCACCAAAGUACGCCCUGGAGCUGUUGAUCAUCUAUGCUUGGGAGACCAUGGGUGGGGGAGAGAAUUUCAACACAGCUAAAGGAUUCCGUACAAUCAUGGAACUGAUUGUCAAAUACAGAGAGCUAUGGCUGUUCUGGACUGACAACUAUAACUUCGACAAUCCCCAUGUGGGCCAAUACCUGAAAAAUAAACUCCGAGAGCCAAGGCCGAUGAUUCUCGAUCCUGCAGAUCCAACGGGAAACGUUGCCGGAAGUGCUAGGUGGGAUCUUGUUGAAAAAGAAGCUAAAAAUUGUUUACAGAUGAACUGUGUGCGCAACAUCAGCCCCUGGGAUGUUGAGCCUGUGAAAGGUAUUCUGGUUUCAGUCAAGCCUGUGGAUAUUUUAUGCUCCAGAGAACGUUUCCCUGUAAAUCCUUUCUCACCCAUUCGAUGCAUUAAAGAAAAAUUCGAGCAUUUGGCCAGAAUCCCAACAUCCAGUUAUUAUCUGGAGUGGAAUGACCAGAUGCUGAAGGAAAACUGGACGCUGUCUGACUAUGGAAUUUAUGAUGAAGUUACUCUCUUUCUGAAAGAACAAUCCAGCUGGUGCAUCUUAAUGUAACGGGAAAAAAAACCCAGGAAUCUACAUAAGUACUGGAGUGGUGUGCAAAAAUGCCAGAGUCGGAACAGCACCUCAUCUUCCGACGAGGCACUUUACAGCCUUCCAGACUGAAUAUUGAGUUCAACAAUUUUAGAUCAUGAACUCUCUCCUCCAUCCCCACCCCCUUUCCGAUCCCCCUUUUUUUUU